GAAUAUAAAAAUAACUUAAUUAUUUGCAAUAAAUGAAUUGUUUUCUUUUUUCAAGCUAAAAGGGUUUUGACGUUCAUAAAUGUAGCUAAUUUCCAAUGGAAUAGCGGUGUAAACACCUGCGUGCAUAAAAGCUUUUAUAUAUAUUCUAAAGCGAGCACGUUCAACAGAACAGUGUACUUUAGCUCUGCUUCAUAUUAUUAUAUGUCGAUGUCUUUAUGAAAGAUAAAAGAGAAGAAAGUUGGGAUAUAUAGAAAUGGCGAACAUUACGGAUGGGGAGAGAAAAAUAUCCAUUUGCUUAUUUUAUGCUUCGCAUUUGGAAAUUUCCAACCAUAAUCUUUUGAACAUUUUCAUGACGAACAGAAUUGUUCAGCUCGUAUUUUUGUCUCUGCUUCUUAUUGCCACUGUUUUAUUAAAUGGUAUAUCCGUUGUGACCAUUUUGAACUGUCCUCAACUCAAGUCAAAAAUUUCUUAUUUUCUCAUUCUCGUUCAGUCAGGGGCUGACUUAGUCGUGGCAAUGACUGCGAUGCCCAUUCAUAUUUGGCUGAGUGCGAGGCACAUUGCUGGAAUUACAAAAUGUAUGAAGUAUCAACGUCUUUUUUCGAGUCUAUUCGACGCGACAGUUGGAAUUUCUUUUUUUUCACUAUGUGCAAUGACAUAUGACAGAUAUAUGGGGGUGUUAUUCCCUUUUAGGCAUCGAACAACGGUGACAAAGAAAAAAUUAGUGAAGUUUCAAUUUUGCUCUGUGAUGAUGACGAGCGUAAUGAUCGCAAUAAACUCUAUAAACUCAUUCACAAUGAAAUUAUAUCAUAUUUUCUCUACCGCUUUAGUAUUGAUAUGUUUCUCAUUCAUUGCUUUUGCCUAUAUCAAAAUAUUUUUCACUGCAAGAAGAGAAACACUCUCGUUGCAGCAACCAGUUGAUAUCGUUAACCAAGAAAGUGGGCCUGUUUCCAAAAGAAAACGGCGUUUCUUACGGGAAUUGAAGUUAGCGAAGUCUUGUUUUCUGGUUGUGCUUGCCUUUUUGCUUUCUUUCGCUCCUCCAAUUAUUUGGGUGAUAACUCGAUCAAAAGUAAAGAAUGAGACUGUGUACGUGAUCUUAGAGCUUUGGCACACUAAGUCAACAUUGAUUAAUACCAGCGUUAACAGUUUACUUUUCUUUUGGGCGAAACCGAAAUUGAGAAUCGAGGCAGCAAACCUUUUUAGGAAGCUCCGUGGCUAGGACGUCUAAAUCUGUUUUAAAAAAAUUCUACUCUUACAAUCUCUAGUGGGCUUUAGAGGACGUGCCUCUUAAUUAUGUCUUCGCAUUGGAAAAUAACGAUCGAAGUGUAGAUGUCAUUAACAAGAACUCUCAUAUUCUAAUGCUAAGAAUUUAUUUUUGACCGUCUAGUCGACCAGUGUUGCAAAGCUCGGGGCGUGUCCAAACACCAGCAGAUGGUAACGGAAGGAAAGUGUGAAAGUGGAUGUACU